GGAGAGUCAUAAGAAAUAACGACAGCAAAAUGUGGCAUCCGAAGGGACCUACAAGUACAUCUAUGAAGAAAGGUGGAGGCAGAGGGCUUGUAGCGGUAGCCAUUGAUAAGGACAAAGGGAGCCAGCAUGCUUUCAGAUGGGCUGUUGAGCAUCUUCUUUCCAAAAGCCAAAAUGUUGUUCUUAUCCAUGUUGUUAAUAAUAAACAACCAAAUGGAGCAAGUAAUGGUGGCGACUCGUUGAACAAGGACAAGCUAGCCAAGGACUUGUUCCUCACCUUCCAUUGUUUCUGUACUAGAAAAGAUAUACAUUCGAUUGAUAUCGUACUCGAAGAUUCGGAUGUUGUUAAAGCAUUGACAGAAUAUGUUUCUUACGCUGCAAUUGGGAAACUGGUUCUUGGUGCCCCAUCUCGAGGCGGAUUUAUGAGCUUUUGUAUGCUUAAAAUUUAA